AUGAGCAGCGAUAAUAGUAAUAGUAAUGUAAAUCAAGCGAAAAAGAUUCAUAAACUAUCGGUAGAUGUCAUCAAUAGGAUCAAUGCAGGUGAAGUUGUGCUGCGACCAAGCAAUGCAUUGAAAGAGUUGAUUGAAAACUGUCUGGAUGCUCACUCUACAAUCAUAACUAUCACAUUGAAAGAAGGUGGUCUAAAGUUAUUGCAAAUACAAGAUAAUGGUUGUGGUAUAAAAUUGGAAGAUAUGUCGAUUGUUUGUGAAAGAUUUACAACUAGUAAACUAAGUAAAUUCGAUGAUCUUAGAAAGAUUACGACUUUUGGGUUCAGAGGUGAAGCGUUGUCCAGUAUCAGUCAUUGCUCGCAUCUAAAGAUACUGACGAGAACACACGAAUCACCGUAUGCCUAUCGUGCGUCGUAUCACGAUGGUAAGUUACACGCCCCGACACCAGGACAAUCAGCAGAACCCAAACCAUGCGCAGGUCUAGUUGGUACGCAGAUCACAGUGGAAGAUCUCUUCUAUAACAAUCCAUCGAGAAAACUAGUCAUCAAGAAUCCACAGGAUGAACAUAAUCGUAUUGUAGAUCUAAUAAAGAAGUAUUCAAUUAAUAAUAGUACUGUUGCAUUCAUAGUUAAAAAGUUUGGAGAUCCAACACCUGAUGUACAUACACCUGGUAGUCUAACAGAGAAAGAAGUCAUCUCUAUAUUGUAUGGUAAUGAAAUUGGUCGUGAACUUAAAGAACUAUCGUUGUCAAACAAUCAGUUGGAUUUCGAGAUGAAAGGAUGGUUCACCUCUACCAACUAUAGUGGAAAGAAAGCUGUAUUUAUAUUGUUUAUUAAUAUUUGCGUUUUAUUUGAAUCUUUAGAUCGUUUAGUUGAAUCAAAGAAUCUGAAAUCAGGAUUACAAAGACUCUAUGAGAAGUAUCUACCUAAAGGUACACAUCCAUUUAUGUAUAUUCGACUACACCUCAAUCCAAAGAAUGUAGAUGUCAAUUGCAGUCCCACCAAGAGUGAAGUACAGUUUCUCAAUGAAGAGGCAAUCAUCGAGAUGAUUCAAAAGUUAGUGGAUGUUCAAUUGAAUCAAUCUAUCAAUUCAAAGUUAUUUACAACUCAAGUAUCUAUGCCAGAUUUUGAUAUUGAUGCAACAUCAAAGUCAAAGUCAUCAUCAUCGUCGUCGAAUACUAUUUUACCUUCGCAAAUGGUUAGAACCGAUUCAAAGACACAAACAAUGAAUGCAUUCAUCAAUGAAGGAGAGGAAGAUGAUUUUAGACCAAAUAUCAUGAUUACAAAGAAGAAACCAGAUGCUGUUGAUGCUAUGACAACUGUGCCACCUAUAAUAAAACCGAUUGUCACAUCUACAUCAGCAAAAACAACGACAGCAACUACAUCGCCAACAAAAACAACAUCGACAACAACAACAACAGCCACAAAUAAUUCAAAAGAUAGCAAAAUAACAACAAAUCCAAUAACCAAUAAUAAAAAUAAUAAUAAUAAUAAUGAUGAUGACGAUUUUGAAUUGGGUAUUGGUGACGGACCAGCUGAUAUAGAUUUAGAUAAUAAUAAUAACAAUAACAACAACAAUAAUAAUAAUAAUAAUAAUAAUAAUAAUAAUAAUAGUACAGAUAUGAUUGAUAAAAUGUAUGAAGCUACAAAUGGAGAUAAUCAGUCAAAGAAACAAAAGAUAGAUACAACAACAGUCGCCAAUCCAAGAAGAACCAAAAAACUUAAACCAGCAGAGCUUACCAGUAUCAAAGAUCUGAUCAAGGCAGUCGAUGACAAUGUUCACCCUGCACUACAAGACUGUUUUACAAACUGUGUAUUCGUUGGAUGUUUAGAUCAUACAUUCUCACUUGUGCAAUAUAAAACAAAUUUGUAUAUGAUGAAUAUUGAAACACUAAGUAAAGAAUUAAUGUAUCAGAAUAUAUUACAUGGAUUCUCGAAUUUCGAUACAAUUAAAUUCGCUCCAAUGUCGAUUAGUAAAUUAUUAGAAUCAUCAUUGGAAUCACCUUGUUCAGGAUGGUUACCAGAAGAUGGUCCAAAAAAAGUUAUUGCUGAUUUUCUUGCUAAAUUAUUAAUGAGUAAAGCAACAAUGUUACAUGAAUACUUUUCAAUAGAUAUGAUCGAUGGUAACAUUGCCGGUAUUCCUCAGAUUCUCGAUAACUAUGUACCGUGUAUGGAUAAUCUACCAAUCUUUUUGCUACGUCUGGCGACAGAAGUCGAUUGGGAAUCAGAGAAAGAAUGUUUCGAUAGUAUCUCAAGGGAGCUAUCGAUCUUUUACAAAGUAGAGUCAUCGAUGAAAGACAAAGACGACAACAACAACAACAGCAAUCAGACAACAAAGAGAAAUGGAAGAGAAUGGGUCAUACAACAUCUUAUAUUCCCAGCACUUCGUAAAUUGACACCACCCAAACCAUUCUCAAAUGAUGGUACAAUCAUUGAAAUUACACAACUAUCUAAAUUAUAUAAAGUAUUCGAGAGAUGUUAA